GCAUUUGUAGCAGAUGUUAGUGGUGCCCACUUAUACCUUCCUGGAUGUUGCUGCCUGGCCUAACAGGUGUAUUUCUGCACAUGCUCAUUAUACUUGCAAAAAUCAGCAUCUGAACUCCUCUGCUUGAGGCUUCUGGACCUCCCAGAAACAUAUGCAAGAGGCUGGAAGUGCAGAGAAUUAAUCAGCCUCGGGACAACUUUCCCCCAGUGACUGGCUGGAGUUAAUAAAUAAAUAACCAAGCAACUUCAUUCUUCAGUUGGGAAAAUUCUGAGUGCGUGUUACAUAGCACCCCCAUACUCAUUAGAGAAACUCCGCUUCAUUUGACUCCAUCUGUAACCAGUUUGUUAAUGCAUCAUUUAUUGGCUUCCCUUCCUUUCCCUGUCUCACUUCUCUGCUCCUCAACUGGUACUUCCUGGGAUCAUCUCCCAAAUAAACCACUUGCAUUUGAUUUCUUGUCUCAGGGUCUCCUUCUGAGGGAACCCCAAAUUAGACAACAUUCCACACAGAAAGGACAGCAUGUACAAGAGCGUGAGAAGAUAAUCAAGUAAAACAAAGAUGAGCUUCAUCUGUGGACUGCAGUCUGCUGCUAGAAACUGUUUUUUCUUCCGAUUUAAUUUACUGACCAAUUGGAGAAAAUGUAACAUACAAGCUGUAACCUCACGGGACUUUCAUCAAGUGAAAAUUAACCAUAUAGAAAAUAAAUCUCCGGGCCUGGGAGUAAAUCACAUUGAUAGAUGGACUCCUCUGCCUGAAAACUUUCUCUUCUAUAGGACUUUUAAUACCAAAAGAAAAGACUGCCUUUUGAGCACCAGAAGUAAGGAAAUUUGGAUGAUUAGCCGAAAAUAUACUGUAUGGACUGACUCUUUUUCAAGACAGCUACUGAUGAAAGACGUUCCCAUAGUUCCUGCUCAUUCGCUGUUGCAUCCCCUGAACUGUUUACCCGCAAGAGACGUCAGGAGUUUCCACACUUCUCCACGGUGCCAAGCUACUCCUGUUCCUCUGUUGUUGAUGAUUCUUAAGCCAGUGCAGAAGCUGCUUGCAAUCAUUGUGGGCAGGGGCAUAAGAAAAUGGUGGCAGGCACUUCCUCCUAACAAGAAGGAACUAUUUAAAGAAAGUUUAAGGAAGAAUAAAUGGAAGCUCUUCCUUGGCUUGAGUAGUUUUGGAUUGCUUUUUGUAGUGUUUUAUUUUACACAUCUGGAAGUGAGUCCAGUCACAGGAAGGAGCAAGCUACUGUUAUUGGGGAAAGAACAUUUCAGACUUUUAUCAGAACUGGAAUAUGAAGCAUGGAUGGAAGAAUUUAAAAAUGAUAUGCUAACUGAGAAAGAUGCGCGAUAUGUGGCUGUUAAAGCAGUGGUUCAUCAUUUAAUUGAAUGCAAUCAAGAUAUUCCAGGGAUCUCUGAGAUCAAUUGGAUUAUUCACGUGGUUGAUUCCCCAGAUAUAAAUGCCUUUGUACUUCCAAAUGGACAAGUGUUCAUCUUCACUGGACUUUUAAAUAGUGUGACUGAUAUUCAUCAGCUUUCUUUCCUUCUGGGCCAUGAAAUAGCACAUGCAGUGCUGGAGCAUGCUGCAGAAAAGGCUAGCUUGGUUCAUUUAUUGGAUUUCCUAGGUCUGAUUUUUCUUACGAUGAUUUGGGCCAUUUGUCCUCGAGAUAGUUUGGCACUUUUGGGCCAGUGGAUACAGUCUAAACUGCAGGAGUUUUUGUUUGAUAGACCAUAUAGUAGAACGCUGGAGGCUGAAGCUGACAAAAUUGGACUACAGCUUGCUGCCAAGGCCUGUGUGGACGUCAGAGCCAGUUCAGUGUUUUGGCAGCAGAUGGAAUUUGCAGAAAGCCUCCAUGGUCAUCCCAAGUUGCCAGAAUGGUUAUCUACACACCCUUCUCAUGGCAAUCGAGCUGAGCACUUGGAUAGGCUCAUACCUCAGGCUCUCAAAAUUAGAGAGACCUGUAAUUGCCCACCACUUUCUGGACCAGACCCUCGAUUACUAUUCAAACUCAGCAUGAAGAAUUUUCUUGAAGCAGAGAAAGAAGACCUAAAUAUCACGGUUAAACAGAAAAUGGAUACUCUUCCCAUCCAAAACCAGAAGCAAUACCAUUAACAUGUAUAGUGGACAAAAGAACUGGCAGCUGAAUUAAAAUUUAUGAGACACAGGAUACAUGAAGAAUGCAGCAGUCCUUAUCAUUUUCAUGUUAUUUUUUAAAAAUGAUGUUUGAAAGGAAGAAAAUGGAUACUCAGGGUCAAAUCAUGUAUAUUACAGGUAUUAUCUAAAUUCCUAUACUAGGUAUUUAUUUUUCAUGAAAUAUUGAUGUAUUUAAUCAAUUUAAAAAUACCAUCAAUGAGGAAAAUGCCACAGAAUAAAUUUAUAUUACAUAUUUUA